GUAAAAGAUUCUGAACUCCAACUACAACCUCCAAAAUUGAACACUACAUAGGCGGUGACUACGGCGUGAUUCACUCAUUCGCCUAGUUCCGAGAUUUCCUUACUUGACCUCUCGCUACUCCUUUCUCCAUCCUUCCUUCCUUCCUUUUUUAAUCAUUCCGCAGGACAACGAAUACUUACCCAGAUUUAGGACCGUCACCUGUAAAGACAGAAUCUUCGUCGCAACUUCCGUCCUUCUUCUCACUUCCGUGCUUCUGCUCUAGAUCGCACAUAGAUAGUCCGUCGACAUUGUCCGAUGAGGUCCUUAUAGGACACAACAAUCGAUCAAGAUGAGGGAGGAAGCGGAGAUCAUGGACGAGAUCCAUGGGCUCGACGGGGAUCUCAAGAGCUUCGACCCCCAAGCCCAUUGGUUCUGUCCACGACGCAAUGACGACGAUCCAGUCGACUACGAUAACCCUGACGAAGAAGAGGAUAUGAGCUUCGAGACCAAGAAAGAACUCAUAGCAGACUGGAAGAGCCGGCAAGCAGUUGCAUACAAAUACUCCCUGAUCCUUGGAUUGGGGGCUGAGAUUUCUGGGAGGUUGCUUGACGCAUAUACCAAGAGACUCAAUGAGCUUCUGACCUCUUGCGACAAGUGUGUACACAACUGGCAUUUGGGAAGGAAGGCAUACCUGAAGGAACUCUCGGGGGACAGUCAAUUCGACGAAUACAUUGUCGCCGCACUUUCGAGUCGACUGGAUCGUUUAGACUUCGAAAGAUUGGAUAGAGGUCUCGCAAUUGCCGAGGAACUCCUUAGAAAGGCCGAACCAGCUCAACGCAAUCAAGCUCUCUUGGCCAAGCAUGAUACAUCGGCUUUGUUGGCUCUCUACGAGGCGCUCUGCUGCAUCAAUUACCAUUCAGACGACGACAGACUCGCAAAGCAUUUCGAUUACGUUUUCGAGCAAGCACAGGGCAAGAAAGUCCUCCGGAUUGGCGAUAUAUUACCUGCUAUGGCUCGAUUUCUUUUCAGCAGAAACCCUGUCAGACAGAAAUUUGCUACAUACGCGUGGAUGAAGAUGAAUGCUACACUCACAGAGCCAAUUUUCGAAUGGGUCAUUCAUGAUGUCCUCGAGCAAGCUAUCAUUCUGGUUUCUCACCCUCAUGCCGACCCGGAGGACAUUCUGCGCUUCUGGGCCGGAUUUCUGUCUAUACUUGAGAAAAUGAAUGAAAACAUGAUUAGGGAGUGGCUUCGAGCCAUGCAGGUUCAGCCGGACGUUUACAGACUCGCCCUUCAACAUCUCGCUAGCAGCUCUGAGAGAAUUGUUGGCCUUGUCGUCAACGCUUUACGGAAGCUCCUCAUCAAGGCCCCGAAAGACUUUUGGGAAGCUCUGGGUACAAUAUCAGCACAUACAGUCGUCGAUCUGAUAUUUCAGAGUCCAGGGUUUGAGAAAAUGCUCAACAAUCCCGAGUCGUGGGAUGUCUUCGAACAUUCGCUAGCCGUUUCCUGGAUCCCUGUGUUACUGAGGUCUAUUGGUCCAGAUUCCCAAUAUGAAGCUUGCCGAAAAUUGCUCGACACCCUCUUCUUCAAAUUCCAGAAUGAGCGCAAGUUUGCUGAAGAGACUAGACUUGCUUGCUGCCGAGCUGGUUUGGAAGCAUUGCAUGUUACUUUGCAGACAUUUAUCACGCCAGAUUACAAGGUCGAUGCUUCUCAUUCCCUGAUCACCAUAAGCAACGUUAUGGGCUUGGUACAUCACUUCAGAGACACGAUCAUUGGAUGCGCCGACCUGGAUUUGAACACAGAUCUUGCAACACCAUCCGAACUGAAAGAAGUGGGUAUGUUGGAUAUCAAAGAUGCUCUAGCUCUCGAUUGCAAAGCUAUUGGAGCCGAGUACUACGCAUUGGACAAUGGUAGAAAACUUCAGCGUGGUAACAGGACCGAUUCCCAGGAGAUUUGGCAAGCUGUGUUGGAUAUCUUCAGACCUGGUAACCUCGAGCUUGUCAAGAGCAUCCUUCCCGCGCUUAUACCACUCACUGGUGUCGAUAUCUUAAGGCCUGAAGACAAACGCCAUCCCGAAAGACUGCCAAAGGACCACCAAGCCUUCAACAAGGACCUACGAGAAUUGUUCGAUAAUAUUGCCAAAGUCCUUGAACGUUUGAGCGAUUUCUCUUCCCGACAUUUGUAUCGGCUCAUGGAGGAUAACGCAACUGCUCGCACCCUGAUUGCAUCUUUGAUCUCGGCGGAUGAGGGUAUCAGUGGUGCUGCGGUUGAGAUUAUCAAAGUCAUGACAGAUCAAGAGAGCAAGAGCGACGCUUUCGAAAACCUGCUGUCUACGCACUUGGCUCAGACUCUUACCUACAUGACAUCAGCUAUCAAACGUGUUAGCAAUUCGAAAACCUUUGGACCAGUUCCACACAUGAUCAAGAGUAACAGGGAUAUCCUUCGAGGUCUUUGUGGAACCACAGGUGUACUCCGCAGUCGUUCGAUGUUUCAGCAAGAGGAAAAGAGUGCAGUUCUGGGUUGGUGGAUUAUGCUAUGGCAUGCUCUCGAUGUUGUGUUUUCCCAGGCGGAGGCAUGGGCUCCUCGAGUUGACCAGUCUACUACAUAUAUGCAAAAUUUUCUUCGCGAUUGUAUGGAAUUUGCGGAAUCUCUAUUCGACAACCAUUCCAUCAUCGCUUCCGUUUUGAGGGAGAGCAGUUCUUCAGAGUUCGAUUCAGAGUCGGAAGAAUCAACAUCUGAGAAGGCCGGAAACAAGAAGGUCUUGGAAGUCAUCUGCCGGAACAUCAAUGGCUUGGUGCGGAUGAUCAGAUUGAGAGAUGCAUAUCUCAUCAGUGUCAUCACGAGUCUAAUCGGGAAGCUCCUUCGCUGUCUUGGAGAAUACGAUAUUGAAGUGACCCAAUUUGCUUCGAGUUAUAUCAGAGAUUCAUGCAAGCGUGAAGCCGACAGAGGUUUUAUCAGAACCAAUUUAACAUCUCAGCAAAAGGCCGAGCUACAGAGAGCACUGGAUGAAAAUGUUGGUAUUGACUUUGUCGAGGUCAGCAAGCCCACAGCUUCCAAGAAGCAAGGUACGAUUGAGUCGUGGACCAAGUCAGCAGAUGGCCAACAACAUGAGCCAAAGCUCCCAACAAAGAAAGCCGUUCCAGGAUCAAAAGCUAUCAACAGGCAUGUAGAGAAGCAUCUCGAGAUGGUUAAAGCUAGAGAAGCCAUGAAUGCACAACAGAAAGAGCAGUUCAUGUCGAACCGUAAACGAGACGCUGAAGAGACCCAGAAACGAAAGGAGGAAGCUAUUGCAAAGGCUAGAGCUCUUCGUGGCCCCAGCGCUAUUAUCAAGGGAGAGGGAUCUGGUCUUAAGGACAUUGGCGGUGUGGCUGGCAAAGAUCAUGCACCAGCUCGCAAUGAAAUCAUGGUCGGCUCUUCUGACGAAGAAUCUGAUGAGGACGACGAUGAGGACGAGACGAACGCCUUGGUCAAGAGACGAAAGGAGACCUCUAAGAAGGUUACUGAGUACGAGGAGAGCAAACGCCGCGCUUUUCAAUUGGCACAGCAAGGACCAGUCAAGAAGACAAAAAUCCAGCGUUCGGCCAAAGACCAACGUGCUCGUGUAGAUCCUGAUAUGACCAAGCUGUACCUGGAGAUCCUGAACUGGGACAUCUUCCACCCUGGCGAUGCUCCACCUGGUGAAAAUCAGUGCCGAAAGAUCGAUAACAAGUAUCAAGAUCUCGAUCUCUAUAAGAGAACUUUCGGUCCACUGCUCAUCUCCGAAGUCUGGCGAUCUCUUGUCACAGCUAAGGACGAGAACAACUACAAGGCUGUCGAGGUCAAAGUCCUCAACCGCGUUAGCGUUGACAAGUUCUUGGAAGUCAGCACAACUAUGCCUAUUGCCUACAACAAAGAUCUCAAGAUGUCCGAACGAGACAUUGUUCUGUUUUCCAAAGAUUCUGAUCCACUCAACAGUCCUCAAGCACCGCACUGCCUUGCUCGUGUGGAUCGCACUACACGCAAGAAAGACGCAAUUGAGAUCACGUACCGUAUCAGCAGAGAUGUUGAUCCAACAUUCUUGCCGUCUUUCGUGCCAAAUGGCAAGGUUUUUGCUCUGAAGAUCUGCGACAUGACUACGACUCAGCGAGAAUUUGCGGCUUUGAGCAGUUUGGAGUAUUAUGAUUUGUGCACGGAGGUGCUCGAAGCAAAGCCGUCCCCGUUGCUGAAGUAUCCAGAAGAGAAGAUUUCUACCAUUUCCUCUAAAUACAGUCUUAACCGUGGUCAGGCCAAAGCUAUCUUGUCUGCUAAUGACAAUGAUGGCUUCACUUUGAUUCAAGGGCCUCCCGGAUCUGGAAAGACGAAGACUAUCGUCGCAAUGGUUGGAGCACUUUUGACUCCCACUUUGCAGCAGCAACAAGCAGACCAGGCCCGGGUACGAGCUCCGACAAAUGGACAGCCUGCUAAAGCACCACCACCAAAGAAGAAGCUUCUUAUUUGCGCACCCAGUAACGCCGCCGUCGACGAGUUGGUCGUACGAUUGAAGGAAGGUAUUCAACCCCUCAAUGGACCUCGACAGAAGAUCAACGUCAUCCGUAUCGGUAGAAGUGAUGCUAUCAAUGCUGCUGUGAAGGACGUCAUGCUUGACGAACUGGUCCGAAUCAAGCUUGAAGGCGAUGACAGCGAUAAGAACAAGCUUCUCCAGGCUCGCGACUCUUUGCAUAAAGAGGCAGCACAGGUUAAGGAGCGAUUGAACGUUAUUCGACCACAAAUGGAUGAGGCGCAGAAAGAUGACAACCCCACCAAAAUCCAGAAUCUGCGUCGAGAAUUCGACCAAUUGAAACGCCGACAAGCUCAAUUGGGCUCUAAAAUCGACGAGGAUAAGGAGAGUGGAAUGACAGUCUCUCGUCAGAAUGAGAUCAGUCGACGAAAAUUCCAGCAAGAAAUCAUCGACGGUGCUCACGUUAUUUGCUCCACUCUCAGUGGUAGUGGUCAUGAUAUGUUCAAGAAUCUCGACGUCGAUUUUGAGACAGUCAUUAUUGAUGAGGCCGCUCAAUGUAUUGAAUUGAGUGCAUUGAUCCCACUGAAGUAUGGAUGCUCAAAAUGUAUCCUCGUUGGAGAUCCAGAGCAACUUCCGCCAACUGUCCUGUCCAGAUCUGCUCAGAGCUUUGGAUACGAGCAGAGUUUGUUCGUCCGCAUGCAGAAGAACCACCCUAACAAUAUUCACUUGCUCGACACGCAAUACCGCAUGCAUCCUGAGAUCAGUCGAUUCCCAAGCGCUCAAUUCUACAAUAGUCGCUUGGUCGAUGGUGAUGGUAUGGCUCAGUUAAGACAACAACCUUGGCACGCAAGCACGAUACUAGGUCCGUAUCGCUUCUUCGAUGUUGCGGGUUUUCAGACCAAGCAAGCACAAGGACAUUCAUUCAUUAACGUUCCUGAGCUUAACGCUGCUCUUCAACUUUAUCAACGUCUCAAGACCGAUUACAGUCAAGUUGACUUCAGGGGCAAGAUUGGUAUCAUCACCAGUUAUAAGGCACAAUUGAACGAGCUCAAGGCCAGAUUCGCUCAAAGAUACACUGAUGCGAUCUUUGAUGAGAUCGAGUUCAACACAACUGAUGCCUUUCAAGGACGUGAGCGAGAGAUUAUCAUAUUCUCUUGCGUUCGAGCAAAGGCGACUGGUGGUAUUGGUUUCUUGGGCGACAUCAGACGUAUGAAUGUUGGUCUUACUCGAGCUAAAUCCUCGCUCUGGGUGCUUGGAGAUUCAAGGGCUCUCCAACAGGGUUCGUUCUGGAACGAGCUCAUUCUGGACGCCCAAAAGCGUGGCCGGUAUACGAGUGAGAACGUGAUGGAGCUCUUUUCGAGACCGACAGAACGUAAUCAAGGUCCUGUCCAAGCCGAACCUCCCCUACUUCCUGCGAAUAGUCUUCCAUCUAGAACCAUGUCGACAAGCUCAGCAUCAGGAUCAAACGGUACGUCGUUUCGACCAAAGGCCGAGGAUAACGAGGUUGAGAUGAUUGAUGCUCCUGGUCCCUCGGAGUCUCGAAAGUCUUCUUCUAGCUCUACGGCCACUGGGCCAAAGGCCAGAAAUCUUCUUGGUAUUUCAAACGUCAAGAGACCCACGGUGAAGCAAGAACCUCGCCUUGAUUUAGCUGAUGCAAGCAGCACGGCUUCCAAUGAGUUGAAUACAUUUGGGAAGCGAAAUCGUGAUGAAAGUCCGGGGCCGGAAAAGGUUGCAAAGGAUCCAAAGGCUGUUGAUCUCGAUGCUGCACUUCGCGCUCAACAGGCUAAGGCUGCUGCUCAGACUGCUCGUCCUCCACGUCCGCCUGGUGUAGCUCCUCCUCGAAAAAGACCGGCGGCAGAUCCGUUCAUUAAGCGGAAACCGCCCCCCAAGAGGUAGGUCCGACAUAUAUUGCAUUUCAGGAGUUGAAGGAGCAUGGGACAUCGAGGAAGGGAAAAUGGUGCAUUGUAGGCGCAACAUUAGUUUACUGUUCAUUGUCGGUCUCUAUGGCGUUGCAGUUCAGCGAUGCUUUUCCGCAGCAGCAUUAGAGGUAGAUAGCGAAGUGACACCACCAGCAUUUUUCUUGAAUUGGUGAUUACCUGAUAAAAUAAUGAGAUGGUCAACGCCAUGAUCUCGGACGACUGCUGAAUGUCGGGACCUUGCUUGGGACAAUUGAGCUGCACGGGUCGGAUUAGAGUUGAAGCUUGGGCUCGCUCGCUAAUCUUGCCCUGGACAGAUUUGCCUCGCAACCAUCUCCCCACCAGCAGUAAAA